CCAGUGUUUUUAAGGAAAAAGUGAGGUGGAUUGGUAAUAAUCAAUGACUAUAGAUCCAACAAAACUGGACGUUCCUUUUCCCCGAAAACGAGCGUCAUCUGCUUCUAUCCUACAUAUGUAUGUAUGUACAUACAUACCAUAAAAACGUAAAAACACUUCGCACUGCAACAGUUUAACACCACUGCAAAUUGACGAUGGCGCGGGGGUCAAAUUUGAAAAAUAAUUUAUGGAGGUCUUUUUAAAAUAUAAGUCUUGUGCUAAUUUUGACUAAUUGCUAAAAAAUAGAAUCAAAGGAAAUCAAAAUUGUAUCCUUUUAGCUGUGAGUGCUUUAGAUUUUGGGAAUUUCCAUUUCCUCUAUAUCGCCAUUUCCCGUAAAGAAGUCUAAUUUGAACGUGUAAGUUAUUAGUAAUGAAGAAGACAAUAUGCAAACGACAACGAUACAAAAACGACGAACAAAAGUUUCUAUAAGCAAUCUGAAAAAACGCGUAUCAGGUGAAAAUGUCGAAAAAAAUGAAAAAGAAAAGAAUGAAGUGACAAAACAUAAACCGAUGGAGCUUAAAGAAACAACUAAAUAUAUACAACAAAUGUUAUCCUCUAACAUCGAUCCUUAUGAUAAACCUUUAACAUGGUGGGAAACGGACCAUGUUAGAUAUGCGAUAACAUAUCCGCCAGUAAAAUCACGACUGCAGAAACUAAUGGGAAGUUACGUCAUUCGCUUAACAGAUUAUAAGUACAUGGAGAAACUAGCAUCAAAUCUCCAUUUAGAUUAUGUGGAACAACAAAAAAUUCGUAUAGAAAAAAGAAAAUUGCCGCCUCCUUCGAUUAUUAAUCGUUUAUUGGAAAUAUCCUAUAAAGUGCUCUCCGAGCAGAUACGAGAUAAUAAACGCAAUAAAAUAAAAUUAUACGUCUGAUCCAAAAUUAUAAAUAUUUUCAGUGUAA